CGAGAGGCGAUUACGAUAACGAGGGGGAGGAUGGAAGCGGAAGCGGGCACUUUGACCCAGGCCCCACUUCUCAAAUGGAAUGCGCACCACAUGGUCCAUCGGACGAACCCAGGCUCAAAAGGGCAUGUGUACGGUGCAGAGGUCUCAAAGUACGAUGCGAAUUCAGAGAUGACCAAGAUUCGUGUGAAAGGUGCUCAAGAGCAGCUCAGGAAUGUGUGAUCCCGGGCCGCAAAAAGAGACGUCCGCCUCCAAAGCGCGAGGUCUUACUUGAGAAGAUCCGUGACCAGGCGGCGCAGAUAGAGGAGCUAAUGUCCCAGCUGGAAUUGGUGCAGAACGCGGAUCAGCAGACGGCCCGUAUCGCCAACACGCUCACCCUUUCCUCGGUCAGCUCGCCUCGCAGUCUCACGCGGACACUAUCCACCUCAGGCGACGGAACCUCGUAUUCUCAAUCUUCUGCCCCUGAAGAGGGCCAGACAUCAAGCGAGAGCCUACAGUGGAUCGCUGAGGCACGAGAGAAACUCAUGGCCUUUGGAGGCUUCAUUGGCCUGGGCGGCGGGAAUAUCAGCCGGAAAUUAUUCACGGAAGAAGAUCCUGAGGACGAGUCCUCAAGCGAGAGUGAUUACGAUAUUCUUGUACAAGACCACACCGACAGUGAGGACGAAGCGGUGGAUAUUCGCAUGGAAGCCCCGGUUCAAGGGACACGGCCGAAAAGGCAGGACACAAGUGGGUCGAGUGGGAAGGAAAAGAUGUCGAGUAUCCCGACGGAGGCCAGCCCAUUCGGACUCAUGGCGACCCUGAGCGUGAAACAACCAAGGACAAAGCGGUCAAGCAGUGUGUCCAGCGAUAGAUCGGAUGUCGGCGUAGCUCAUGAAGACUUCUUUCGACCAACUUUCGAUCUGGAUCCGUUCAGUCCGACCAGUGAAGAGCCCACGCCACCACUCCUGAAGAAGAACAUUAUUACCCCCGCAGAGGCCGAGACAUUAUUCAAAAUAUACUUCGAUUGGAUGAACGCGUCUUGUUCCCUGUUGGACCCUAUUCUUUACACAGCUCAGAAGGUUUACAUUCGUUCCCCUUUCUUGUUCACCGUCAUCUGCGCAAUUGCAUCUCGAUAUUACGACGAGCGCCCAGACCUUUAUCCUACAGCCAUAGAGUAUGCGCGUCAAGAAGCUGGCAUAGCCUUCACGAGUGGGCCGAAGCGCGUCGAGACUGUACAGGCCUACAUCCUGCUUAGCCUAUACCCGACGCCUGUGAGGCGUUGGGAAGAAGAUCGGUGUUGGAUUUACUUGGGCCACGCUAUCCGCACUGCGCUCGACAUGAACCUGCAUCACCCUAACACCGCAAAGCCGCAGAACGAAGAACAUGCGCGCGAGAUGCUCAACCGCACCCGGACUUGGCUAAACUGCGUAAAUCUAGACAGGUCAAUGGGCUCUCAAUACGGGAAAGUGCCGGUCAUCAGGAACACGGAUUUCGUCGCGAACCAGUCAGCGACAUGGUGGAAUUCUUCGGAAUUCAAUAUGGAGAAUUUCGAUCUUCAUACAUGCGUGUACAACGCUGAAUUAAUGUGUAUGGCUGAAUUCCUGGCCGAGGUCUACAGCGACCCCAAGCAUCCCACUGGUCUCAACAAGGAGAUCAACCUGGAACGGCUCGCAAUCGAGACAGACGAUAAGUUGGAAAGACUGAGGGCCGCAUGGUUUGCUCGUCUGGACGAGACAGACAAGACGAAUGCUCAGAACCGAUAUCGUACUGGUCUGCUUAAGCUGGCGUACAGUUAUGCUCGCCUACUCACCCUUUCCUACGGAUUUCAACAUGCUUUUGGCAAGAAUGAAGCCGACGACAACCCCUUCUUGAUCAGGUGUAUUCGUGCUGCCUCUGACGUCGUGAGCGCUGUGGUAGACGACAUUGGUAUUCCGAGUCAGAGAAUCUACCUCCGGCAUGGGCCAGAAGCCCAGACGGUCUUCGUCACAUUCGGAUGCACAUUUAUGAUCAAGCUGCUCCAACCGAAAUAUACUCGCUAUAUCACUCCUGACAGACGGAAGGAGAUCACAGGCAUAGUGCAACGUGCCGUAGACUUUCUCGACUCCCCAGACAUUGCCAUCGACGAUCGACACGGUCCGCGACUCUAUUCGCGUUUUAUCAGAGGACUGUUGGCCAGCGUGAGAGACCGGCCGCCUAUUCCGCUUGUGCGACGAUCUUCCCAGCGGAAUGCAGCGAAGACAAGAGUCUCGCAAGCUGCGCCCGAAGCACCGACAAGUGCAAUGCAGAACAUACCU